UUAGCUAAGUUGGCUCCAAGCCGCUGUUGCCUUGGCUUUCAGUUGAUCGCGGAUCGUGGCAGUGAUCAGUUGCAUUCUAAACUCUUAUAGGAAGUCAGGAGUGGUUUGCAAUGCUACUGCUGCCCCUGUUUUUGUUAACCUUUUCUUUGAGACCGGAACCCAAUGGAGCGGCGCAAAUUCUGGGCUUGUUCCAACAUCCCGGCAAGAGUCACUUUGACUUCUUCAGACCCAUGUUUUUGGCCCUGGCGGAAAGAGGUCACAACAUCAGCAUGUUUAGCUAUUUUCCACUGGAGAAACCAGUGGCCAACUACACGGAUUUUGUCUUCCAGGGAAUGCCUCUUCUCACAGAUAUUGUAGAUCUCAAGAAUUUCGAAUCGGAAUGGAAGCCACUGGGACUGCCCUUCAAGGUGUCCACGUUUUUUAUGCUUAACGAUUGGGGACUGCGAUCCUGUAGAGUGGCUCUGAACUCACCCCUCAUCGCUCAGCUCCUGGAAUCCCCCAUUCGCUACGACGUCAUAAUCCUCGAACAUUUCUCCAACGAUUGUAUGGCAGCGGUGGCUCACCUGCUAAAGGCACCUGUGAUCGCUUUGAGUAGCUGUGCCAUAAUGCCUUGGCACUACAAACGAAUGGGCAGUCCGUUCAUUAACCCCAUCAUGCCCAUGAAUUUCCUGCCCUACACAGAUGAGAUGAGUCUGAUCGAUCGACUUAAUAAUUUCUUCCAUUUUCACACCGUAAACACACUGUACAAUUUGAUUAACCAACCAGCCACCGAUGCGAUGAUCGGUCAGAGAUUCGGACCUGGACUGCCACCCGUCAAUGAAAUCGUGAAGAAUACGAGUCUGAUGCUGAUCAAUCAGUAUUAUGCCUUAACCGGACCACGCCCUUAUGCCCCAAAUGUGGUGGAAGUGGGCGGAUUGCAAGUGGGCCCACAAAAACCGCUGCCAAAACACUUAUUAGAUCUGUUGGAUCGCUCUCCCAAUGGAAUCAUUUAUAUUAGCUGGGGAUCCAUGGUGAACACAAACACACUACCAUCAGACAAAAGAAAUCAGCUUUUCCAGAGCAUUUCUCAGCUGAAGGAAUAUAACUUUUUGAUGCGUUGGAAGGGUGAAAAAUACCAGGACAAAGAAAAACCCUCCAAUCUUUAUACCUUCGACUGGUUACCCCAAAGAGAUCUGUUGUGUCAUCCGAAGGUCAAGGCUUUCAUUUCCCAUGGAGGACUUUUGGGCACCACGGAGGCGGUUCAUUGUGGUGUUCCAAUGCUAUUGACACCUUUCUACGGAGAUCAGUUUCUCAAUUCCGGCGCCAUAAAGCAGAGAGGCUUCGGAGUGAUUGUUGAUUUCAGUGAUUUUGAUGCGGAUCACAUAACCAGGGGACUGCAAAUUAUACUUAGUAAAAAAUUUGCAGAUAAUGUGCGCCGAUCCACCGAAGCGUUCAGGCAACGACCCAUUACCCCGCUCGAACUAGCUAUCUGGUGGAUCGAGUACGUGAUAAAAUCUAGAGGUGCUCCCCUUAUGCAAAGUGAAGCCAGACAUAUCAACUGGAUCGUCUACAACUCGAUCGAUGUUUACUUGUUCUGGCUGGGAAUCGUAUGGCUGAUGAUUGUCGCCUUCUGGAAGCUCAUUAAGGGGAUCGGAUCAGUUUUUGGAUGGGGAAAAAUAUCUAGAGAUACUAAAACAAAGAAACAAUAAAUGUUUAGAUCAAUGAACUCAUUACGCUUCAGACAAUAUGUUUCGUUUUCGACUUGCAACCAAAAUAGAAAAAAGUACGUCGCAUUUAAAAAAAUUAUGAUGCACAUUAAAUAUUAUUAAGCCUUAAACCAUUAAAUUACAAAGCCCAUUCACAUGUCACAGAGGCAGUAUAUUUUCGUUUAACUAAUUAAUUUAAAUUUGUGCUAUACGUGCAUAAUUUAAACGUAUCGAAACGUAUAAUUAAAGUUACGCCAUACAGCUUUCUGUAAACAAAAAGUUCAAUAAACCAAAACUGUUACUGAGAA